CUGCCUCCUCCUCCCCUCCGGACAGUGCCAUCCCUGCCUCCUCCUCCUCCCCUCCAGACACCUCCUCCUCCUCCCCUCCGGACAGUGCCAUCCCUGCCUCCUCCUCCUCCU